ACCACUUGCAAGGUAAACAUGGCAGCUUCUGGUUAAUAGAAGUGAGGCAUGUUACUGAAAGUUUGACCUUCGAAGCAAAAGUUCAUUUUUAUGUGUACAAAGUUCUACAACUUCUAUGAGAUUAUUUAAUUUAAGUAAUUUACGUAUAAUCGAUUCAAGGCAACGUUUUACCCGAUGAAGGAUGACUUCAACUAAUGAAAAACAGUCCUUGUUUUGCGAUGGAGAACUUUUGGAACAGAAAAUUAAUUUGAAUUCUACUUUAAGCCCAGAUGUUGAACCUUUUAUUCCAAGAAACUUUAAGGUAGCAUCAGGUGUUGACAACAAAGUAUGUAAUAGUAUGGAAUAUGAUUGUCAUCAAUUACAGUCAGCAAGUUACAGUUCCUUGGAUUCAUUGAAAAGAAGGGAAACUUCAAAGAAGCAAAAGAGCCAAUCUAUUUCAUUAGUACCAACACAGAGUAAACUUAGCACACAACUACAAGACACAGAGAUCCACAGUGUAACAAGUUCAUAUGGAAACAAGCCAGAUCAUUACUGUAAUAGUGAAUAUUCUCCAGCUGUUAAACCCUCUUUGUUAAUAAAUCAAAAUAAAUAUACCUUAAGUGCAGAUGUUGCUCCAUUUAUUCCAAGAAAUCUUAAAGUGACAUCUAGUGCUGAAAGAAAAACCUUUAUUAAUGAAAAGCAAGAUCACAAUAAAGUAAAAAUAGCCAGUAAUAAUUCAUUGAGGUUUUCUAGCUCAGCUUCAUUUAAUGGCAGAUUUUCUGGAGGAAAGCACAAGAGUCAUUCUAUGGCAUUAGGAUUGCCACAACAUAGUUCUGCUUCAAAUUUACCAAAUCCAAGUAGUUCACCAGGUCAUCAUGCAGACAACUACUGCAGUAGAAAAGGAGCUGUAGCUGACAAGUCUUUGUCAGAGAAAUUUUAUAAUACUUCUAGAUGUGGUGAAGUUAAACCUAAUGUAUUUGAUAAAUCCAGAAUAACUAAACAUCCUGGUGAUAGAAUAAAAUCUCCAGCAUUAAGACCAGACAGUUCUAUAGAUGAACGUAAUGGAAAUGCAAUAAACCAAGGAAAGCAAGUCCCAGAAGUUUGUGACCAUUGUGAUACCAAGAUGGCACCAUUACCAUUAUUAUCCAGUCCUCAGGAAAGAGAUAGAAGAGGUAAAAAUAAAGAACAGGGAACAAAAGCAAAGAAAGCUGGAUCUGAUUUUACCCUUGGAGAUCUAAUAGUUAGUGAACAAAUGAAACACAGUAAACAAUGGAAAGGCAAGAGACAGAAUUUUCAGUGCAACAUAAAAACUUUUACUUCCAGUGAAAAGGAAAAUGAAAAUACAGAAAUAGAGUUUCCUUCUUUAGAGGAAACUGUGAAUAGGUUAAUUUCAGAAGUUAUUCAAAAUGGAGGAAUACCUGUAACUAGUUCAGAAGCUCUUCAAAAUAAUAUACAAGUGGAGAAGAACAGUUACUCUGCAAUUCUUCAGGCUAAACCUCAAGAGAAAAAAGAAGUAUUUAAUGAAAGAAAUAACUCAAUGGAACAUGUGUUAGAAAAAAAUAGAGAUAAUUUUGAAAAAAUAAAUGAGUCAAGAGGCAAAAAAUGUAGAACAAAUAGGACCAAAAGCACUGAAUGCAAAGACUCAAAUCAGAAACCAACAAAGGAAGCAAAAUUUAUUAGAUGUAAAAGUGAAGGCAGAGAUCCUCUUCAUGAACCAAACAAAAAUGAUGGAAUAAAAUCAGACUGUUCUUUUCAUAAAAAUGCCUCCAGCUUUGCCAGCAGAGUUGUUAAGGAAGCAGGACACGGUGAAAAUACCUUAGUGAUUAAAUCGAAAACAAAAGAGUUCAUAAAUAGAAAAAACAGCAUUAAGAAAGCUAGUCAAGACCAAAAUAGUGAAUUUCAUAAAAGACACACCACUGAUUUUCCUAAAUUUCAAGAGAAAGAAGGUACAACCAGUAACAGAUACAAAGAAUGUGAGCUUAGAAAUUUGCCUGGUGGCAGAAAUAAGGAACAAAAAGAUGGCAACAGGCACCAGAAACAAAAUACUCCACUCAAGGAUAAUGUCAGGAAUGAUGGCAAACCAAAUAAUUCCAGACAUAUGCAACAAGAUGCUGUUGAUACUAACAAGGUUCAAGGAAUUACAAAGAAAAAUUCAAAAUAUUAUAGUCAUGAGAAAUAUACACAAAAUAAGGAUAUUCUCACCUUACAGAAUAAAAAGUCAUCAGAAAAAAGUAAUGAAUCAAGUAGACACCAGUCAUCAGAAGAUCCAGUACAAGAAAAAUCAGAAAAAAAGAAGAAAAAGAAAAAUAAGAGUAAAAAAGGAAAAGGUUUACCCACAGGAAAAGUGUCUCUACUAACAACAGAGCUGUUUUCAAAGAUUCAAGGCCAAGUUCUCUCAAAACCUCUCAUGGCCUCUCCAGCAGUAGAAUUAGAUAUUAUGAAUCCUGAGGAGUAUCCAGAUUUGGCAAGUAGCACCUCUUCCUCAGCCAACAAACUCAUUGUUAAUAAAAAAAAUCAAACAAAAAUUAAUUUAAAGCGUGAUCAUGUGAGUGAAUCAGAACAAGCUGAAGAUUGUACUUUGAACAAAAAGGAAGAAUGUAGUUUGAUGGCACAUGUUAACUCCAGUUAUGAUAGUGAAAGUGAUUCUGUAAGCAAGAAGGGUGAAACAUCGAAAGUGAUUGAAUUGAAAGAGAAAGAUCCUGCUGACAAAAGAGUAAUUCCACCCCUCUUAUCCACUUUCUCCAUGACAGGUUUCAUGAAAUCAGGCCUCUACAGUGACAUCUUGAAGACAACUCAGGAAAAUACAUGGUAUGGAAUUCACAAAAAGGCAAGCACAGAUAAAAGACCUGAACCAGAAUUGGUCAAUGAUACUGCUGAAGAGGAUGAAAAUACAAGUAACUUAGCAGCAAAGAGAAAAAAGGGAAUAUUAAGUCAGAAAAAAAGAAAGAAAGUAGCAGGAUUAAUUUCAAAAGAACAUGUUGUUGAUGUAACUCCAAAUACAAAAAAAACUCAGGAGCCAAUUCACAUUUCCUUUACUGAUAUUUUAACUAUUAAAGAGAAAAUUCAUAAAUCGCAAAGACAAAUCAAAACUGAAAGACUCAAGACCAAAAUGAUGAUGAAUAAGAAAAAGGGAAAUGACACCUCAGAGCUUCUUGGAUCUGUGAAGAAAAGAGGUAAAGAACGAGAAAAACCAAAACCUAAAAGAUUGUCAGCCCUGAAAAAGAUCAUCAUUAAAGAUAGAGAAGAAAGAAAGUUAAGACGGUUACUUCAAGAGUAUGGUCACUCGUCACUUUCACACAGUGCAAAAGAAAAUAUCUUAGAAGAGAUAAAGACAUUAUCAAAAAGAGUCACUCAAGACAAAGAAAUUAAGUCACUGAAUGUUGAUCUUCAUGUAAUAUUUAAAAAUAUGGAAAACAGAAAAGAAAAUAAUGCUGAAGAGAAUAUUAAUCUUGAUAUAUCAGAAAGAAAAAAAGAGGAUUCUGAUCUGUCUAAAUGGUUCGAGCAAGUUGAUUUAAAGGAAACUAGUUCUCAGCAAAAUUCAGCUGAAGUUGAAGUUUCUGUGAAUGCUGAGGAAAAAUUAAGGAAUAAAUUUGAGGCACCACAAAAAAAUCUAAACAGCCAAGAUCAGGAUCACGAUGAACAAACAGCUAGCAGUCAUCAAGUCAGCUCUCUGCAAGAUGUUAACAUGUGUCAACUAGAAAGCCCAGUGGUCUCGUCUUUAACUGUAUCUUUAGAAGAAGAACUUCAUCAUAUGGCAAAGAAAAAAAUACACAGCCGUCGAUUUAGAGAGUACUGCAAUCAUAUAAUUAAAGAUGAGGUGAAUGAACUUCUUAAGACAAUGCUUCAGGAUCUGGUGAGGUUUCAAGACAGGCUUUAUCACAAGGACCCUGUAAAAGCCAAAAUGAAGAAAAGAAUGAUUGUUGGAUUAAGGGAAGUCACUAAGUAUUUAAAACUGAAGAAACUAAAAUGUGUUGUGAUUGCACCAGACCUAGAAAGGACCCAAACUUCUGGUGGGUUAGAUGAUACUUUGCAAAAAAUCCUUGAUCUUAUCGAUGUACAUAAUGUGCCUCUUGUCUUUGGGUUGACUCGAAGGCAGCUUGGUUAUUUGUGUAUGAAAGCUGUUCCAGUUAGCUGUAUUGGAAUAUUUAACUAUGAUGGAACUGAGGAUGCAUUCAAAAAAAUUAUGGAGCUUGUUAAAGAAGCAAAAAAAGAAUAUGAUGAUCUUUUGAAGAUGCAUAUAGAAACACUUAAAUCAACUUCUGGAACAUUUCAAGAUGUAAAUCUGCAGAACUGUGAAUCGACAUCAUGUACUAUAACCAGUGAAAGUGACUCACAUAAAGGACCAGAAUUGUGUCCACCAGUGCAAAGCUUACUUCAGUCAUUGUUAAAAUGCUCUAAUGAAAUUGCAGAUGACAAAAUAACAAAUUCAGACUCCGAAAACGAAACCAGUAAUAUUGAUGAUUGUUCUAAGUAGGCUAAAGGAAGAGUGCUUCUCUAAUGAAAAUUGAUUACCAUUUUCUCAUUUAUGUAACAUUUAUUCUUUUCAGCACAUCAGAAAAAAACAAAAAACUAUCUUGAAAAGUACCUUUAAGUCAUUUUAAACUGUAAACAAAUAAAUAGACACUGUCAAAAUUAUCGUCUCAAUUAUCUGUUACUACUCAGCAUAUUUUAAAGCAUGGAAACAUGUUUUGUGCAAUUGGCUCGACAAUUUUUUCAUUUCAAAGCUAAAGAAGUCGGAUAUUAUUGAGGAAGAAUCAUUGUACCACAGAGAAAGUAUUAAAACAACGAUAGCAUAAAACUAUAUUCAAACCAUCAAUUUUCUAUUCAAUGGGAGUUCUUUUGCUAUUCGUAUCAGUUUUUGAAAUUGAAUUUCCUUGAAAAUUGGUUGGACAUAUUUUUGUAUAAAAUAAAAAUUUUUACUAAUGAUCA